AUGGAAGUCAUAGAAGUUGCGCAAUGUGAAAGUGAUAAAUCAGAUGAAGAGGUCGCGGAAGAAAAUGAUGGAAUAAAUGGAAAUAAAAGAAUUCCAAAGAAAAAGAAAUUGGCAAAAUGUUGGAUUAAAGAAAGUACAUUUGAUAAUGCUGGCGAAGCAGAAGCAUCAAUUAUAGAUAAAUGCUUAGGUGAAUUAGAAAAAUGGUGUCAAAAUAAUGUAAAUGUUCCAACUGAUGAAAACGAAGCUUUUGUUGUAUCUUACAAAAUAUUAUAUGAUAAUGAAGAUGAUGAAGAUGUAGAAGAAAAGGAUGACAAUAAAUUUCGUAUAUUGAUAUCAUCUUUACAUUUGCUCAACAUUAUAUCUAUGUCGUCACACUUAUGUUCUGAUGCUACAUAUAAAUUAGUGUGGCAAAGUUUUCCGGUCCUAAUCGUUGGUACAACUGAUUUCAACAAAGCAUUUCAUCUGUGUUAG